AUGAUCGAUGUUUUUGGUCAUGAAGGCAGCGAUCUGGAAAAGCAGCAGAUAACGAUUGAUAUCUGUUCAGACCUACUGAAAGCUGGAGGAUAUAUGGCCCGCGAAGCCCUUAAUUGGAGGCACCGAGAAAACGUACUCAACCCUAGCUACCAUGCGUAUAGAAUAGAUAGACGUAGGCAUGAUGAUUUGUUCGAAGACUUUAGCUUCCGCCUUAUUUGGAGAAUUGCCGAUGAGAAAGGGCUCCAGGGCAAUUACACCUCAAAGAGUAGCCUGAAUCAAUGCGAUGCUGACUUAAAUCAAGAUAUUGAUGUCCCAGAAGAGCUACAGCCUCUUGUGUACAAAUCCAGCAAACUUUUAACCACACAAUUGAGAAGAGGGAUCGAUUUCCAUCGGUGGAUCAAGACGUAUACUCGUUGGGGUGAUGGUUUAGCCCUGAUUCUUCAAUCUGGUCAUGCACCAACCGAAGGCGCCCUUGAAGCGGCAUGCGAAGCGAACUGCGAGGAGAGCGUCAAGAUAUUGGUGAAUGAUAAUAGGUGCUUCAUUGGAAAUGAAGAGCUUGUAAUCGCCAGUUUUCAUCCCAACCAGGCUAUCGUUGACCUGAUUGUUGGCGAAUUCAUUGAUCGCAGAAAGCGGCUCCAGACACUAAGUGAGACACACUUACCGAGAAGUGUCCAAGAUAAAUUACGCAUCGAAUCCCAAAGCCUACUAAAUGUCCAUGCUUAUGAAGCAUAUACACUACUUGUGGUGACUUCUGUGGAUUUGAAAGGGCUCCUAGAGCAUUAUAGAUGGUCAGUCUUUGACUGUGUUGGUGUCAAUCUUGAUUUGGCGGACCAGUUAUGGAGUGCUGGCUUUCGAGACGUGAAUGAAAUCGAUGAUGACAAUGAGACAUGUCUGACAAAGGCUUGGGAAAACACACCACCCUGUGAUUUGGAAGUCUUCCUGCAAAAGAUUCACUGGUUGAUCAGCAAAGGUGCUGAUGUCUGUCACCAAAAAUCAUCCGGAUCGACCUUGCAUGACAUAUGA